UAUGUUUUUCUGUUAUUUUGCCCAGAAAAGAUUUGUUUCACUUGGCGAAUAUCUGAGAAAAAUGGGUCGUCGAAACCGUAAUGUUAAUAAAUUCGCGCAAAGGAAGAGGGAUCGCAAAGAACAGGAAAAAAAUCGCCAAGAAAACCCGGCGCCCGACACUCGCAAACACUAUGAAGACAUUGUACGCGAAAAUGCGGCUUUUGAGGAAUAUUACAAGGUUCAAAAAGUAUGCCCAGAAGAUCAAUGGGCAGAUUUCAUGAAAAGUAUUAAGGAAAACCUGCCUACAGCAUUCAGGAUAACAGGUUCUAAAUAUGAGGCAAAUGCAUUGCUGAAAAUUGUAACAAGUGAAUAUUUCUCAGAGAUACUCAACAUGAAGUUAAAAGUGGAGGGAAAGGAUGAAGAAGAGGAAAUAAAGCCCAUUAAUUUACCUUGGUAUCCAGGAGGCUUAGCGUGGCAAUUGCGCCUAUCGCGCAUGGACAUCCGUCGCAAUGAGGCACUGUACCGUCUCCACAACUUCCUCGUAGCGGAGACUGCGGCUGGCGGGGUGUCGAGGCAGGAAACUGUUUCCAUGAUACCCCCAGUUGUUCUACAAGUACAACCUCAUCAUAAGGUGUUAGAUAUGUGUGCAGCACCAGGCUCAAAAACUGCACAACUCAUAGAAUUUUUGCAUUCAGAUGAAGACAAAACUCCUACUGGCUUCGUAAUUGCGAACGACGUGGACAACAGCCGUUGUUACAUGUUGGUGCAUCAGGCCAAAAGGCUCAACUCGCCGUGCAUCGUGAUAACCAAUCACGAUUCAGCUUUCAUGCCAUCUUUGCUCGUCACUGAUGAUCAGAAUCCUGGGCAAACAAAACCAUUGAAGUUCGAUCGCAUACUGUGUGAUGUCCCUUGCUCUGGCGACGCGACGUUGAGGAAAAAUCCCGACAUAUGGCUGAAGUGGUCCACAGGGAAUGGAAACAAUUUACAUGGCGUCCAAUACCGUAUCCUUCGCCGUGGAUGUGAACUGCUGUCAAUGGGGGGUAGACUGGUGUACUCCACUUGCUCCUUCAACCCCAUCGAGAACGAGGCCGUCAUACAUCGCCUGCUACAAGAAGUCGGAGACACUGUCAAACUAGUGGACGCAACCGGACUACUGCCAGGCUUGAAGUUCCAUAAAGGCAUGACACACUGGCGUCCUGCUUCCAAGGACAUGGUAUUCUACGACAAGUAUGAAGAUGUACCAGAGAAGUGGCAAACUGUGGUGAGGCCGCAAAUGUUCCCGCCCAAACCUGAAGACUUGGACAAAUACCAUCUGGACCGGUGCAUAAGAAUACUUCCACACCACCAAGACACUGGCGGAUUUUUCGUUGCACUUUUCGAAAAAACUGCCCCCUUACCUUGGGAAAAGGACCAAUCUGAACCAGACACAACCGAACCCAUGGAAGUGAAAGAGAAAAAAGAACCCCCAAAGAAGAGAAGAAGAAUGGGCGGUUACAAAGAAGAUCCUUUCGUAUUCUUCUCUAGUGACACAGAAGAUGUUUUUCCUUCUAUAAAAGAGUUCUAUGACCUUAAAGAAGAGUUUGAUCCUACGUGUCUACUCACUCGCUGCCAUGUAGGGAAGAAGAAAAAUAUAUAUUUGGUGUCCCCGACAGUAAAGGAUAUUGUGCAGAAGAAUGAGAACAAUAUUAAGAUUAUCAAUACUGGCGUGAAAACUUUUGUGAGGUGUGAUAAUAAAAACAUGACGUGUCCAUUUAGAUUAUCCCAAGAGGGUCUUCAAAGUAUAUCCCGACAUAUAGGCGCAAAGCGACGUCUGAACAUAUUGAAGGAAGAUCUGAUAUUGGUCUUACAGAAUGACGACCCAAGCAAUCCUCCCGAUAUUAAACUCUUCUCAGAACAUACGCAGAACUUGGUUAAGGACUUCGCUACAGGCAGCUGUGUCCUGGACUACAAAGACACGGAGUCGGACAUGGGGCUGACGCUGGUGGGCUGGCGCGGCGUGCACUCGCUGCGCGCGUACACCGCAACCCCGGACACCGUGCACUACUUACGUUUGCUGGGGGCUGAUUACAGCAAAUACGAUGUAAAUAAGUUCAAGAAAGCUUCUGAGGUGACUGAAAUAGAAGUCGAGUCUGCAGAGGUCGACGAGGCUCAGUCCACAAGCAAAAAUGAUCUUAACGGCGCUGAGACGAGUAAAGCCAAUGAUAAGGAUAAAAUUGAUUGUACGUAAGAUUCAUUAUUGAAUAAUAAAUAUUUUAUAUACA